AGUCCUACACGUACACAAAUGUGAUUUCAUCCACCCCAUAAUGGUUUCGGUCUUCUUACUCCAAAAUACAAACCAGCUUCCACCUCACCGCUUCCUCUUUUCCGCCAUCUCUCUUUCCCAUUUCCUCCCUACCUCCUACUACUACUCCUUUCUCUUCUUCUUUAUUCUCAAUCCUUCCCCAACCCAUCUAAAAAAAUUUCCAUUCUAACAACUUUAUCCUUUUUCAUUUUUUCGUUUCUCUUUGCUAAGGCAGAAAAUUUUUAGAAAGAAUGGCAAAACUUGUAGUAGAAGUUCUUGACGCCAGCGAUCUCAUGCCUAAAGAUGGGCAAGGCUCAGCAAACCCUUUUGUAGAGGUAGACUUUGAAGGCCAUAAACAGAAGACACAACCAAAAGUUAAAGAUCUCAAUCCGGUUUGGAACGAGAACCUUGUUUUCAACAUCCAAAAUCCCGGGGAUCUUACUGACAAAACGAUUGAUGUGUUUGUGUAUAAUGAUAAUAAACAAGGCCAUCACAAGAACUUCCUUGGAAAAGUCAGAAUUUCUGGCGUUUCUGUCCCUUUUUCUGAGUCUGAGGCUGUUGUCCAGCGCUACCCUCUUGAUAAAAGAGGACUUUUUUCUAAUAUAAAAGGUGAUAUUGCAUUGAGAAUCUAUGCAGUUCUUGGUGCUUAUAGUGGUAAUAGUAAUAGCAAUGGUCAGGUUUUUGAGCCUGAACCGGAAGUACUAUUUCAGCAGCAGCAGCCGCCGCCGCAGCCGGUGAAUGUUAAUUUUCAAGAAAGCAAAGAAACCCCUCUUCAAGAAAUCAAUCCGAAUAAGCCUGGUGAAGAAUUUAAGGAGUUUAGUGAUGUCAAGAAGAAGAAAAAGAAGGAGAAGGAAGUCAGGACUUUCUACUCGGUUGGUACUGGUGGCGGGGGCGGCGGCGGUGGUGGUCCUCCUCCUCCUCCAGUAAAGCCGGCUGUGGUAGAACCCCGGGGUGACUUUGCUAAGGCUGGUGGACCUGCUGUAAUGCAUAUGCAGGUUCCCGGGCAGACGCCUGAUUUUGGGCUGGUGGAGACUAGGCCACCUGUGGCUGCAAGAAUGGGCUAUUGGGGUAGGGAUAAGACAGCGAGUACUUAUGAUAUGGUGGAACAAAUGCAGUUUUUGUAUGUUAAUGUUGUCAAGGCUAAGGAUCUUCCUGUGAUGGAUAUAACUGGGAGUCUCGAUCCAUAUGUUGAAGUGAAGGUUGGGAAUUAUAGAGGAGUUACUAGGCAUUUGGAGAAGAACCAAUAUCCGGUUUGGAACAGGAUUUUCGCUUUCUCUAAGGAAAGAUUGCAGUCAAGUACGCUUGAAGUAAUUGUGAAAGAUAAGGAUAUUGUAAAGGAUGAUUUUGUUGGGAAAGUUGAGUUUGAUAUCAUAGAUGUGCCCGUUCGUGUUCCCCCGGAUAGUCCUCUGGCUCCUCAGUGGUAUAAAUUGGCGGACAAGAAGGGGAAUAAAACUACCCUGCCAGGGGAGAUUAUGCUUGCUGUUUGGAUUGGGACUCAAGCUGAUGAGGCGUUUCCUGAGGCUUGGCAUUCUGACGCUCACAGUGUUAGCCAACAGAUGCUGGCUAAUACGCGUUCAAAGGUCUAUUUCUCGCCAAGAUUGUAUUAUCUACGUAUUCAUGUUAUUGAGGCUCAGGAUCUUGUUCCAGCUGAGAAAGGCAGGGCACCGGUUUCAUCGGUGAGGAUACAGGUUGGGCACCAGGCCAGGUCUACUAGGCCUGCACAACAGGGGACUUAUAGCCCGGUGUGGAAUGAGGAACUAAUGUUUGUAGUUGCUGAGCCUUUUGAUGAGAGCAUAAUUGUCAGUGUGGAUGACAAGGGAGAAUUGAUUGGCAGGCUUUUGAUUCCUGUUAGAGGACUUCCCCAAAGAAGGGAAGUCCCUAAGCUGCCUGAUGCUCGAUGGUACAACCUCCUCAAGCCUUCAUUGGCUGAACGAGAAGAAGGUGAGAAGAAGAGAGAGAUCAAAUUCUCCAGCAAAAUUCAUCUUCGGAUCUGUUUAGAUGCAGGUUACCAUGUCCUCGAUGAAUCCACACAUUUUAGCAGUGAUCUUCAGCCAUCGUCUAAGCAUUUGAGAAAGCCCAGCAUUGGGAUUCUUGAACUGGGCAUUUUGAGCGCUAAAAAUCUGCUGCCAAUGAAGAGCAAGGACGGUGGAACAACUGAUGCUUAUUGUGUGGCCAAAUAUGGGAACAAGUGGGUUCGAACAAGGACGCUUCUUGAUACUCUAGCUCCUCGUUGGAAUGAGCAGUACACCUGGGAAGUACAUGAUCCGUGCACUGUUAUCACCAUUGGUGUCUUUGACAAUAGCCAUAUCAAUGGGAGCAGAGAGGAUGCAAGAGAUCAGAGAAUUGGUAAGGUGAGGAUUCGGCUUUCAACCUUAGAAGCCAAUCGCAUUUAUACGCAUUAUUACCCAUUGUUGGUUCUUCUGCCCUCCGGUUUGAAGAAGCACGGGGAACUCCAUUUGGCUGUGCGGUUCACAUGUACUGCUUGGGGGAACAUGGUAACUCAAUACGCAAAGCCCUUGCUUCCCAAGAUGCAUUAUGUUCAGCCUAUAUCGGUUAGGCACAUUGACUGGCUGCGCCACCAAGCAAUGCAGAUUGUGGCUCUAAGGCUAUCCAGAGCAGAGCCACCCCUCAGGCGGGAGAUAGUGGAAUAUAUGUUGGAUGUAGACCUUCACAUGUUCAGCAUGAGAAGAAGCAAAGCCAACUUUCAUCGCAUAAUGUCACUUCUCUCAGGGAUCUCAGCAGUUUGUCGAUGGUUUGAUGGUAUCUGUCACUGGAGAAACCCAUUGACAACCAUUCUUGUUUACGUGUUGUUCUUGAUAUUAGUAUGCUACCCAGAGUUGAUCUUGCCCACAAUUUUCCUCUAUCUGUUUGUCAUAGGCUUGUGGAAUUAUCGAUUCAGGCCAAGACAUCCACCUCACAUGGAUGCUCGGCUUUCUCGAGCAGAAUUUACUCAUCCAGAUGAACUGGAUGAGGAGUUUGAUACUUUCCCUACUUCAAGGCCAACAGACGUUGUGAGGAUGAGGUAUGACCGCUUGCGGAGCGUUGCAGGCAGGGUGCAAAGUGUCAUUGGAGAUUUGGCAACGCAAGGGGAACGGGCUCUUUCCAUAUUAAGCUGGAGGGACCCGAGGGCUACGGCCAUAGUCAUCAUACUUGCCUUGUUCUCUGCUGUGUUCCUUUAUGUUACUCCAUUCCAAGUUGUAGCAGUGCUCAUUGGGCUCUUCUGGCUGCGCCAUCCUCGGUUCAGGAGCAAAUUACCCUCAGUACCUGUCAACUUCUUCAAGAGACUGCCUGCCAAAUCAGACAUGCUGCUUUGAGAUGUAGAUUAUCAAUUGUUUACCAAUAUACUCGGUCCAACUGUAAAACACGAAGGCGCCCAUGGCAAAUAAUUCCAAUAAGUGCAGCUGCAGAAGAGACAGCAGCGUAUAUCCCUUGCGCGCUGCAGAUGCGUCAAUAGAGGAAGAAUCCCACCUUCAGCAACAUGCAAAUAUCUCUGAUUUGUUUAGUUAUUGUACUAGAGUAGACCAACUACUUUUUGUUUCAUUUUUGUAUUUUGUUUUCUAGCAUAUAUUCAACAUAUUCUAUCGAAUGCAUGCAUUGAAGGAAGCUCGGUAGUGUAAUUAUUGGUAUGAUUACACAAGGGAAAUGCUACAAUUAAUUUAACUC